CUGCGUGAGUGGGUUUGUUGUUGAGUCCUCCGCGCCACGGUGGCGCUGUUUGCACGGUGAGACACUGAAAUGACGAAGAAAAAAAUCUCCGGAAACUGCUUUUUGUGAGCACGCGGUGCGUCCGGCCUUUCCGACGGAGCAGCGAAAAGGAACAUGGCCAAAAUCAAGGCAAGAGAUCUGCGGGGCAAGAAGAAGGAGGAGCUGCUAAAGCAGCUCGACGACCUGAAAAAUGAGUUGUCCCAGCUGCGAGUGGCCAAGGUUACUGGUGGAGCUGCUUCCAAACUCUCCAAGAUCCGUGUUGUUCGCAAGUCCAUCGCCAGAGUCCUGACUGUAAUCAACCAGACACAGAAGGAGAACUUGAGGAAGUUCUACAAGGGCAAGAAGUACAAGCCCCUGGAUCUGAGACCCAAGAAGACCAGAGCUCUGCGCCGCCGGCUCAACAAGCACGAAGAGAGCCUGCGCACCAAGAAACAGCAGAAGAAAGACCUCCUCUACUCAAUCCGCAAAUAUGCCGUCAAAGCUUAGAGGCAUUUUCUAGUAACAAAAUAAAAUCUGUGGAAAAUAC